CAAUUAAUUAUUCGCCCCCAUUAAAACACCACCUCCACCUCCUCCCUCCUCUUCAGUCCUCCCACCUCCCCCUUCCAUUUUCUUCUUCCCUUACCCGAGUUACCUUUCCUCUCAUCUACUCCCUCUCCUGAAUCUUCGUACCCCGCCUUCCCGUCGUGCCAUCCACGAAAUCACACCUACACCGCCGGUUUCUCGCGUGACCUGACCGUGUUUCUUGGGGGACAAUUUGUGUAGGUUAAGGGCGCAAUUGGGAACAUUUCCGACCGUUCUUGGUUCCCCGGGAAGGGAGGACGGCUCUGCAAGUUCGCAUUGUGGCGGAGAGGGUUGGGCCCCGGCGGCAUUUUGCUCCGGCGGUCGUGGUUUCUUGAGGCGUUUGGUAUUUUUUUCUUUUCUUGUGGCGGCGAGACUCGGGUUGGUGGCUGGCCAAGUGCAGUAGCUCCUUUUCGCAGUCCCCUUUUCGGAGCCGCGGCCCCUGCUGGUCGCGGUGGUGGGGAUGCCCCUUGCCUUUCCGCCGCCUCCGUGUGGCGUGAUUCCGAAGCGUUGGCGCGAUUGUUUUGGUUUCUGGUAGAUAAAAAUCGCAUCUUUUGGAGAGCUGACACGAAGGUUCCGGACAAUGCCGAGCAUCCGAGCUCCGGCUUCCAAGCAGACGGCCACGCUACAGGUGGCUGUCAAGUGCAGGCCAUUGACCGACAGUGAGCAGCGGCGCUCGCGGCAUAUCAUACAGGUCAUUGAUGACAAGACUGUAGUUGUGUUGGACCCUGAUCUGUCCAAGGACUAUCUGGACCUCAUCCAAAACCGGACGAAGGAAAGAAGAUAUACCUUUGAUCAUGUGUAUGCGCCCGGAUGCUCCAAUUCGGACGUGUAUAAGAAUAUAUCAUCUACAAUUGCUGGUGUAGUUCAGGGCCUUAAUGCGACAGUCUUUGCUUAUGGUUCUACUGGAAGUGGCAAAACUUACACUAUGGUUGGAAUCCAUAGUGAUCCUGGUCUUAUGGUUCUUAGUUUUCGUACAAUUUUUGAGCUGAUAAAGAAGGACAACAGUCCAGAUACAUUUGAAGUCUCAUGUUCUUAUCUGGAAGUGUACAAUGAGGUUAUCUACGAUUUGCUUGACAAAUCAUCAGGACACUUGGAGCUUCGAGAGGAUCCUGAGCAUGGCAUAAUAGUUGCUGGAUUGAGAAGCAUUAAGGUUCACUCUGCAGAUAGGAUUCUUGAACUCUUGAACAUAGGCAACAGUAGGCGCAAGACAGAGAGCACAGAAGCUAAUGCAACCUCUUCACGGUCACAUGCUGUACUCGAGAUUACUGUUAAGCGAAAGCAAAAAGGACAAUACGGCAGUCAAGUUCUUCGUGGAAAGCUUGCCUUGGUUGACCUUGCGGGCAGUGAGAGGGCCUCUGAAACAAACAAUUUUGGGCAAAAGCUUAGAGAUGGAGCCAACAUCAAUCGAUCGCUCCUAGCAUUAGCAAACUGCAUCAAUGCCCUAGGCAAGCAAAAUAAGAAAGGUCUUGCGUAUGUUCCCUAUCGCAACAGCAAAUUAACUCGAAUUCUAAAGGAUGGUCUGUCUGGUAAUUCUCGAACUGUUAUGGUUGCUACAAUAUCACCAGCUGAUGAUCAGUAUCAUCACACAACCAAUACACUCAAGUACGCGGACCGUGCUAAGGAGAUAAAAACACAUGUCCAUAAAAAUAUUGGAACACUUGACACUCAUGUUGAAGACUAUCAGAGGAUGAUCAACAAUCUCCAGGUUGAAGUUUCUCAGUUGAAAAAAGAAUUAGCUGAGAAGGAGCACCAAUUAAGUGUAAAACCUACUGAAAAAGCUGCAGAUAGCGAGCUAUCUUGGUUAAAUGUCUUGAGCCAAGAAACUGGUGAGAAUGUUCAGGAACGCAUAAAUCUGCAGAAGGCACUGUUUGAACUUGAAGAAAUCAAUAAGCACAACCGAAUGGAGCUGCAGCAUCUUGACGAUGCGAUUGCAAGGCAUCAGGUGAAAGAAAUGGACUCUACAGUUCUGCAAGCGUUAACAUCAAGGAGACAAGUUAUUCUUGACAACAUCCGUGAUAAUGAUGAAGCCGGUGCUGGAUAUAGAAAGGACAUUGAAAUGAAUGAGAGUCGCAGGCGUCAGCUCCAGGAUAUGAUCGAGGAAGCUAUCAGUAACAAUGGGAAUAAAACCUACCUACACAUUCUCAGCCAGUACAGACUUCUUGGAAUGACUAACGCGGAGCUUCAAAUUGAGAUGGCUAUGCGGGAUCAAGUAAUACAUAAUCAGAGGGAAGCUCUAAGGAGCCUGUGGAACAUUCUCUAUGGAACAGGGCUAAAUCAGAAACAGAUUCUUAAAUUGGCUGCUAAGCAAGGCUUAACCGUAGAAGGCUGUCCUUUGCCUAGUUCAAGCCCAGAUGUUACCACCCCACCUUCCUUUAUACCUCAUAGAAGGUUGCCACCUUUCAUGUCAUUUCCUAGUCCGCAGUCAGAGCCUUAUUCUCCGUCUGCUUGCCUUUUCCAACAUGGUUUCAGCACCAUGUCUUUUCUCAAAAAUCAACAUGAGACACCUACCAUAUGUAGGCAGGAUCACCUCAGUUCUUACUACAUGAUGUCUGGCUGCUCGUCUUAUUCUGGUGAUGGAAAACAGUGGUCAAAUGGAAGGUCAAUGUCAUUCUUUUCUACCCCAGAAAAACCUAGGGAGAUGAGCGGUUUUUACUUGGGAACAGAAAAUGCACAGUGGCAAUGCAGCAAGGAACGUUCUGGCAAUCAAGAUUUCAGUCUGCAUAGGAAGGAUCCCUGGUCCAUAGACAGGAAAUGAAGGACCUCAAGAUGCUCCUUGUGCACAAACAGUCAAACGGCUGUCAUGGCUACAAUGUUGCCUGAUGGUCCUAACCUCAUUCACUGCGUAAAGCCUGUACAGUAGAUGCUAGUAUCUCAUGAUUUCCUCCUCAUCUUACUUUGUAGUUUGUAUAGUGCUUGUGGGGGGUGAAUCUGAAUUUUGGACAAGAAUUCUGUAAAUUUGCCGCGGUCUUUGCCCUUCUUCAGUAAGAUCCAAUGGAAAGCUUUCAA